AUGACCAAGACUUGGAUGAGGCAAUCGCGCUUCAUAGGGAAGCAUUGCCUUUACAUCCCGUCGGUCACCCAGAGUGGUCUUUGGCAUUACACAAACCUUGCAACGGGGCUAUACACCUCCUUCCAGCACCGAGGCUAUGACCAAGACUUGAGUGAAGCUAUCGCGCUUCACAGAGAAGCGCUGGCUUUGCACCCGGUCGGUCGCCCAGUUCGGUCGGAGUCGUUAAAUAACCUUGCCAAUGAACUCUCCACCCACUUCCACCACCGAGGCAAUGUCCAAGACUUGAAUGGGUCUAUCAUACUUCACAGGGAAGCGCUGGUUUUUCACCCGGCUAUCGCACUUUACAGGGAAGUGCUGGCCUUGCGCCCAGUCGGUCACCCAGAUCGCUCCAUGUCGUUCAAUAAUUUUGCAAACGAACUCUUCACCCGCUUCGAGCACCAAAGCAAAGACCAAGACUUAGAUGAGAGUAUGGCGCUUCACAGGGAAGCGCUGGCUUUGUACCCGAUGGACUCCACCCACUUCGAGCACCGAGGCAAUAGCAAAGACCUCGACGAGUCGCUAGAGAAUCUCCGCUGUGCAUUGACGCUAUUGGCGCAACAUCAUCCUCGUCAUUUACUAGUCCAUCAUUCACUAGCUACUGUCUAUCUGCUGUUCCAUCGAUCUGCACUUGACGGCGCUGGUGAAGAUACUGACAGCAUCAAUGCCGCCAUGCAUCAUCUUAAGGCAGCAGCAAAUGUUGUACCUGGGGGUUUGCUAUCUCGCCUGCGAGCAAGUCUACGCUGGGUUUACCACACUGAUCGACAUACACAUGACACUAAACUGGAGGCUUAUGCAACUUCCAUGCAACUUCUGGACACUUACGUGUCUGCGACAGCUUCAGUAUCAUCUCAACAUCGCACCAUGAAAGUCUUCCCACCUACGCUUGCAGUUGAGUUGUAUCAUGACUCUCAUCUGGACCCAGAUGGCACAAUCCCCCGCACGCCUCUCGACAACCUCCAGGAAUGUGGCAAUUACGCAGAGGCUCUAGUGAAGAAAUUCCGAGACCUCAGCUCCCUCCUUGAUAAACACCCUGCUGAGCCUCCAGAAGGGUCCUCGAGAGUCACGGUAGAAGAAGAAGCUGCCCGGUACGCACGUCUAGUGGAGGACUGGAAUAAAGCUGUGGAAGAUAUCCGGAAGCUCGAGGGAUUUGCUCGUUUUCUGCUUCCCCCCUUGUUCUCCGCUCUUCAAGAUGCCGCUCGUGGUGGGCCUAUCAUUGUUCUUAUUGCAAGCAAGUCAUCUUGUAAUGCAAUCAUUGUCUCGUACAAUCAACCUCUAGUUAGCCUAGCACUCCCUACCAACUUGUCGGAGAGGCUCGAGCGAUCCUCGCCAGCAUCUUUUGCUGCCAUUGGUCAGAAUCACCCACCAGAACAUUCAUUUCCUUGGAAAGCUGUCAAGCCCGAGCUGGAAUUGGUGCGGCGCCUCCUACCCCCCACUGUUUCGUUCACCACGGUCGCGAGCGCUGAAUCAGCAAAGUCAAGAGCGCUGGACAUAUCGCGAGAUAAUCACUGGAUCCAUUUUGCAUGUCAUGGGACGCAAAACUUGGUGGAACCUUUCAAGUGCGACCAACCACUUUCACUCCUCAAAAUUGCACAAACAGAUCUGUCUCGGUACGAAUUUGCAUUUCUAUCUGCUUGUGAGACCGCCGCCGGUGACGUGGAGGCUCCUGACGAAGUGAUUCACCUGGCGGCUGACCUGCAGUUUGCUGGGGUGAAGAGUGUCAUUGGGACGUUUUGGAGAGUCGAUGAUAGCACAGUGUGA